AUGAAAGUUGAAGAAAAUAGAAGGCCUUCAAUCGCCGAUGCGUCGGCCGUGGAACUUCUUCAGCUGCAAGAAGCUGCUAAAAUUGCCAACAUUUAUCAUAAAGGGGAUUCAGUCUUCACUAGAAAUACAAAUCUAUCUCACAUUGUCCAUGGCACUUUCAAUUUUGCACAAUUUGUCGUAGCAUUAAUGGAUGAAAUAUUUCAUCACGUGCAUCAUGCAAUUCAUCAUAUUCGUCAAAAACAAGAUCCGACACUCGCAGAUUUACCAGGAGAAAGAAAUCCAAUUUUCUUCAUUUACAGCAUUUGCAUGAUUAUCAGUUUUAUCUUCAGUAUCUUGUGGUUUUUUACAAAAUUUUUUACCCGUCAUUCGUUAGUCGCUAUUGUAGGUUGCGGCAUUGGAGGAGUUUUGAUGUUACUAGGCGGGAUUUCUGCUAUGCGACAUGCCGAAAAUCAUAUUAAUCUCAAUGAAGUGACUGAUGAAGAAUUAUUGAAUCAUCCAAUUUUUAUUCAUAAUUUUGUUCUUUGUAUUAUCUCUAUAUUCGGGAUGAUUAUUUAUUUUAUUCAAUUUUGGAUUUUGAUCGAUUACUGGAGAAUGCUGAGGAAAGAAGAAAUAACUGAAUUAUCUUAUUCCGCGAGCAACAAAUCUUACUCGUCUUCGGAAUUAAAUUCAAGUGAAUCCUACGUUACUGACAAAUCUGAGGAAGAAAGUGAAAAACAAGAAAUGGAAAGUAUUGAAAUUUCUUAUCCUAUUGCCGCCCUAGAGAAUUUACCUUCUCGUUUCGAAGCCGCUUCACAAAGUCCGGAGAGAGAGGCAGUGAUUCUUUAUUGUUGUUUUGUUGAUUGUUACAAUUAUUGUAAAAGUCGACAGAAAUCCAAGAGGGAAAAUCACGAAUUUCAAAUUAUACACGUAAUGUGAAAAGAACAGUGAAUGAGAAGAAUGCCCGACUAAGCACGUUUGCUUAAUAUUUGAUUAGUAUGAUAUUAUCAAGCACGCACUUGAAAAUGAUAUUCAUAUAAGAAAAGAAGAGGAUGUUCUUCAGUGAAGGCCCUGUAUUAUUUUUAUCCAGCUUAAGUAACUGCAUACAAAAACAUCGUUUCAAAUUCAACAGGCGCAAGUCCUUUUUGUGUCUCUAAAAAUAAAAUAUAAUAUGCACAUAUUUAGCUUCAUUUAUUUUACGUAAUUUUGUACAUGUACAG